GUAACAAGAUUUCUUGCCCGCAAAGCGAAUACAGAUAUUUGGUGGGUGGGGAGUUUUCUAGAGAGAGAAAAAUAGAGGGGGAGAGAGAGAGAGAGAGAUAGAAAUUGAGCGGAGCUGCCCGCAGUCCGUGGCGACUUUAGGUUAUGCCGUUUGCACCACAGGUUGCGUCAGACUUCGCUUUCGGGGACUUUUUUUCCUUUACUAAGUCAUGGAACAAGUGUGCCUUUGGUCAGAUUGCUACCAGUUUCGGGUUUUCCCUCUCCAGCAAGCGCUUGACUGGCGGCGUUUCGUACUUGGAGAUUUCCUUCUUGUUUCGUUCGUCAACUGCACUUAGUGGACAUUUUCUCUUGAAUAAACAAUACAGGAGGCCUAACGCAAUUUCUUUCUGAGAUAGGUGUUAGAUCUUUUGUGCACAUCUAUGAGUAAGCUGCAUAUUUGCUUCUUACCAAGCCAGCUUUAUUUGGAAGCAUUUUCUGACACCUUUCGUGCUUGUAGUGCAUUGUUGGUGCAAUAUCCAGUUGUGACCGAUGAGAAAUCGUCUUCUAGGGUUGAAAUCUGCAAACGGAGAAUGAUAUUUUAUUAAGUAGUUUAUAUUAGUAGUUCUAAGUAUUUCUGUCUUCUCUUCCCGACGGCUGCUGGUCAGAGAGAUGAGUUGAUCAGUAAAGUAACUGAAGAUUUUGUGAGAGAGUUUAUGUAAUGUACCUGAGGUAGCUUUUAUCAAGUUUGUGAUAGUGCCAGGUGACUCUGUUCUGAUCAAGGAUCCAGUAUAUUUGCUAAAGCAACAUACUCUGGCUUGAUCAAAUUUGGACCGGCGUCAAGAUGCUUUGCAGUUCUCUUGUCCUCCUAUAUAUGCCUUACUGUCACCUCAGGGCUUUUGUUUUGGUACAUCUUAUGAAUAAGGCUGUGCGGCCUGUCCAUCAGAAAUAUGCUGGUUCUGUGCUCAUGCAUGGUGCAACACAAAAUUGAUGGCGGAUUCAGCUAGAUCAGCUUUAAAGUCUUCUACUGAAGAUAAUUGUUUUAGUUUUCGUCUACCUGCAUUUUUUUGUUGAGUAAAUAAAGCAUCACGGGCUCUUGAAUCACAAGAAUGGAGAGGUAUAAGAUAAUCAAAGAAGUUGGUGAUGGAACUUUUGGAACUGUCUGGCGGGCUAUAAAUAAACAGAGUGGUGAAGUUGUUGCAAUUAAGAAAAUGAAGAGAAAAUAUUAUUCUUGGGAGGAAUGUAUAAAUUUGAGAGAAGUUAAGUCAUUGCGGAAAAUGAACCAUCCUAAUAUUGUGAAGCUGAAGGAAGUCAUUAGAGAGAAUGACAUUCUGUAUUUUGUGUUCGAGUACAUGGAAUGCAACCUAUAUCAACUUAUUAAAGACAGAGCAAAGCUUUUCUCAGAAGCUGAAGUCAGAAAUUGGUGCUUUCAAGUGUUUCAGGGGCUUGCAUACAUGCAUCAGCGAGGAUAUUUUCAUCGUGACCUUAAGCCAGAGAAUUUGCUGGUGUCGAAAGAUCUAAUAAAAAUUGCUGAUUUUGGUCUUGCUCGUGAGAUCAGCUCUCAGCCACCUUAUACAGAAUAUGUUUCAACACGCUGGUAUCGGGCCCCUGAAGUUUUGCUUCAGUCUCCAUUAUACGAUUCUGCAGUUGAUAUGUGGGCAAUGGGUGCAAUCAUGGCCGAACUGUUUACCCUCCGUCCCCUUUUUCCAGGCUCAAGUGAAGCAGAUGAGAUCUACAAAAUAUGCAGUGUACUAGGUACUCCGACCGAGAGUGUAUGGGCUGAAGGACUUAAACUUGCAAACGAUAUUAACUACCAGUUCCCUCAGCUCACUGGUGUACAUCUAUCUGUGUUGAUACCAUCUGCUAGUGAGGAUGCUGUCAAUUUUAUUACAUCGCUGUGUUCGUGGGAUCCUUGUAAGAGGCCGACAGCCUUGGAGGCCUUACAACAUCCUUUCUUUCAGAGUUGCUUUUACAUCCCACCAUCUCUGCGCUCCAAAUCUGCUGUCACUAGGACACCUCCAUCAGCUGGAACAAGGGGUGCAUUAGAGCAGAAAUCUGUGAGGCGGUAUUCUGGGACUCUGCCUAAUUUGAAGCAUGCAAGCAACCUUCCUCCUGUCAAAUCUCACGUUUCUGUAACCACAGGUGUGCAGCGAAAGUUGGAAUUGAAUAAUCAGGAUGCAAUUAAGAACGAUAAGUUUACAAAGGCUGCUGCCAAACCUCAACCAAGAUACCGGCCACCUGCAAGGAACAGUCCGACCUCUAUUUACAAUGGGAAGGUUGCCCGUGGAGUUUCAGAGACAGCGGAGAAACUGGGAAAUAUGGCUCUUGGCUCUGCACGAGUGCCAGCAAGGCACGCCGUUCCAGCACCUAUGAAGGCUGGGGGAUGGCAUGGCCAACCUCACUUGUUUCUUGGGCGAUCUCAAGAGAUUCAGCCUGGAAGAAGCCUCUCCAGAAAAGUGGCAGGAUGAAAAUGGUUAACGUGUUCAGUUACGGUUCUAUGGCACAUAUAGACAUUGCCUUGUGUGCUUGUUUGUGGUCGAGCUUUGCUUAUCCAGUGACCGGUGUGAUAUUUUGAAGUUGCGUGAAAACCAUAUUGUGAUGGGUGAUGUUUGAGAAUUUCCUUCAGACCUACGUAUCGAAACAAUGUGUGAUGGAUGGUGGUUACAAUUCACGAAAGAUACAUAAGUAUUACGUAUCAAUAAUGGUUUUGUUUUAGUACUAUGCAUUUCGUUAUAAAGAUUGCAGUUUGCUA